GGGCUAUUAGCUAUUUUGAGAAGGUUAAAGUCAUCACCUGAGAAAGAACUUCGAAUUCUCCUACUAGGUCUUGAUAAUGCAGGAAAAACUACUCUAAUGAAAAAACUUUCUGGAGAAGAUGUUACUCAUGUAACACCUACUCAAGGAUUUAAUAUAAAGACUGUGAGUGCUGAGGGAUUUAAAUUGAAUGUAUGGGAUAUUGGUGGGCAAAAAAAGAUCAGACCUUAUUGGAGAAAUUACUUUGAAAAUACAGAUGUAUUGAUUUAUGUUGUGGAUAGUUCUGAUAGAAAACGAAUGGAUGAAACUUCGUUUGAAUUAAGUGAACUUCUGGUUGAAGAUCAGUUACAUGGGGUACCAGUCCUCGUGUAUGCUAAUAAACAGGAUUUGGCCACUGCAGCAACAGCUGCAGAAGUUGCACAAUCCCUGGCAUUGCAAACUAUAAAGGAUAGACAAUGGCAAAUUCAAUCUUGUUCGGCCACAUCAGGAGAUGGCAUUAAGGAAGGGAUUGAAUGGAUUGCACAGCAAACAAUGAAGAAAAACUAG